GAAAGGGGGAGGAUCGUGCCGCUGCUGCUCCCGCUGACGCCCGCUUCGCGUGGUCCGCGCCACGCUGCGUGCGCUCGUGUUCCACAGUCAUACUGAUCGAUCUCUUUUCCAUUCUUGAGAUAAUUCUUCAUGGACGCGCUGUUGGAUAUCAACUAAUAGCAACUACACUGAACUCACAUCUUCGACAGCGUGCGAAAUGGCACUCGCAAUUUUCGUGGCGGCGAUAUGCCUGCUUUUGUCGACAACAGCAGAGUCCAAAGUCGACUACUGCCGUAUGGACACUUUCAACCGGACUGGACCCUGGAUGCAGUUCACUAAAGAGAUCAGUGAUCGCGAGUAUGCCAUCGAGACCAAGUUCAAGAGUCUUCACUGCUGCGCCAAAGGCUACAACAGUAUAGAAUGGUACAAGGACGGGAAGCCGUACCCGUGGCCGGCGAGCACGUCCAGCCUGAUCCUGUACCCGGAGUCGGGCAACCAGACCAUCUACACGCAGGCGUCGCAGGACACGGACGCUGGCAGCUACUCGUGCCGCGUGCGCAACGAGUCCACCACGCUGGAGCACCACGUCGAGCUCAAGGUGGUCGACAGCUCCGGGUACUCCGGCCGCCCGCUGGCCACCUUCCGGCCGACAGACCAGUACGUGCCGCUGGGGGAUGACGCCAGGCUUUUCUGCGAAGCCUUCGUCGGUCGCAUUGAUCUUCCUGAUGCUCACAAUGAAGUUGUAUGGCUACGCAAUGGUACACCUCUUCCUUCCCAGUAUUGGCACACAGUUGCAAGGGAAGAUAGCCUGAUUUUAGGCUCAUAUCUGUUCAUCCACAAUAUUCGUCAUGAUGAUCUUGGGCAAUAUGUAUGUCGUAUCUCUAACACAGGCUUCCAGAUAAUAGAAAUGCCUGUCCAGCUACAUGAGCUAGGGGAAACACAAACUGCAGACACCCAUCGAAUUCCGUACAGUCAGAUGUUCCUUGUGAUUGGUCUUGUGAUACUCUCAAUAAUCACAGUUGUCACACUGUAUCUGCGGUUUGCAGUGCCAGUUAGACUCUUCUAUAAGGACAAAUUUGGACCUAGAGAGGACAAUGAUGGAAAGGACUUUGACAUUUUAGUUUGUUAUGAUGAGAAAGACACUGAAUUUGCACUGGGGGUACUAAUUCCCAUGCUGGAAAAUAAACUUGGCUAUCGAUGUUGUUCUCAACUGCUCAAGGCAUCAGCAGUGAACAGUAAAUGCUGUGAUGAGAUAUACAAUACUGCGGAACGGAGUCGUCGGCUGAUGGUUGUUUUGUCACCACCUGUUGUCAACAAUAACUGGACAUGUGCAGCCCUCAUGAAAGUACUGCGCAUCUUUUUACAAAUACAUCCAAAUACCAUCUGCAUAUCCUUGCAGGCACUACCUAAGGAAGGUGCAACAGUGAAGAAUGAGUAUGGCGAGACUCUACAGCAGUUAUGCCGUAAGGCCAAAGUCAUCAUGUGGCAAGGAAUUAGUGAGCGUGCUCGGCGUAAUUUCUGGAAAACAGUUCGGCUUGAGCUCCCUGCACACCAUAAUACACCUGCUACUGGAUCUGUGAUUCUUCCUGCAUCCGCAAACCGUCAGCAGAGUUCUCACAUAACUGUGAUACCACCUGCAAAGCGAGCAAUUCGAACAAACUCACACGAGAGCCUUGAAGUUCUAGUCUAGAUCUAGAGACACUGGUUCUAAAGCAUUACAUCUAUAAGGUCAGCUAUUGUUACCUUGUUCAUUCAUGCUUAUAAUUGUUAAUACAAUUCAUAUCAACCUAAACUGAUCUCAGCUCUCUUAGCUUGCAUGUAAAACCAGACCAUCUUCUGUACCUUAUAGUUACAAAUAAUAAAUAUUAUUAUGUAAGUUACAGAAUGUUUCAUUGCUUUCAUAUGUGUCAACAUAGAGAACAUAUUCUCUUGUGGAGACAUUUAGCAGUAUGCGAAGAAACUCUUCAUAGUAAAAACAAAAACAAAGAUCCUUCAUAAAUAAAGAAUGUAACAGAUGAGAUAAAAUAUUAGCCAACAAAUAUCUAAGUGCUGAGCAAUACUGUAUCUUUGAAAUGAAGCAUCAUUUACCUGAAAAUGUAUUGCUUUGUUUUUCUGGUCUUCUGUAGGAGAUCUGAUUGACUUAGAAGUCCAAUAAUCUAAUCUUAUCAUAUGGAAUAAUGCUUUGUUAAUUUUAUCAUUUGUUUUAUGUCAGGAUUCAGUUGCCUGCUUUUGCUACUGUUUAAUAUAGUGUGUGUGUCAGGUAUUACUCGUAUAUUUGUUUUUAACUACAGUUUUGGACAUAAUCAUUUUGAAUAUACUGAGACUAUUGUACUAACGUGACUGUGCCAGAUAUAUUUUUGUUACUGUAACCUACAAUCUUCAGAUAUUGUUGAUGAGUCAUUAAUUUAUUAUAACUAAAAUGCUUCCUUUUCUCUUACUGUAAUUAGUUACAAUAAAUUGGAUGAAUCAUUGCUAAAAGAAGUGUUUGGCAGUGUUCUGAUUACAUUUCACAGUUGCAAGAUGCAGCUGUUUUCGUCUUAAACUAUCAGAGAGAGCACAAUUUUUACGCUGUAACAAAAAUGUAUGGGGAAAUUUUAAAUCCUGUUCGGUGGUUGGCAUAAGGAAAUUGUGUAUUAUUUUCAACGUGAAUGUGCUAGUCUUGCCAAUACAUAACACUUAACAGUUAUUCUCGUUUUGUGAUUAGUGUAUGUCUUCAAUAGUAAAUUGAUAGUUUAAUGUCAGACAGCUAAGAAGAGAAAAACCUGAUUGAAUUCACAAAAUAAAAGCAGCUUUCAGUCCUUAGACUAACAAACAAAUUUCAGUAUUGAUGAAUACAAGAUGUAUAAAGAAAUGAGUUCCCAAGAAUUAUGAUUCUUAUUGAGCAGCCAAAUUUCGUACUAUAUGUGUGCCAGAAUAAAGCAAUGUGAGCUAGAAAAGGUGAAGGUAGCUAAUUAUUAUUGUAUAUUGCUAAAAGAAAAGGAACACACACACACACACACACACACACACACACACACACACACACACACGUGUGUUUGUGUGUAUGGACUAUAAUACUUUCUUCAAUGAAGGGUUACGUGUGAAAUUUAAAUCCAUAAACAUAGAGCUUUGUUUGGUAAAGUAAUGAAAACUGAACAGUGAAAAAGUAUUUUCCAAACUUGAUGCACCAAAAUAGUAUGUCUGGAUAAAUGAAUACCUGAUAAGUAAACAUUCUGAUAUAUAUACUGGUAAAAAUAAAGAACAAUUAGUACAUUAAUUUGACAGAUAAUUCAAAAUUUAAAAAAAAUAUUUUGAAAUACCUGCAGUUCUGUUUCAGAAUGGAGUUGCUUAGUGAAAUGAACAUAGUUUUAUAUCAAACGUGUUUGAAAUGAUAAAACUUCAUGUUUGUUGUUUUUUCAUGUUGGUGAUGUCCAGUAUUGUUUUUCUGACGAUAAAAUACUUACAUCUCAAUCCAUACAAAAGAACAAAUGUGCUUCAUAUUGUGAAGUGCCAAGCACUUGCUUAACACACAAUUUGCCUUCUGUCUGAGACUAUAUAUUCCAUCACUGCAGAAGCAUACUGCUUGCUGCGCAAAGUUCUAGUAGAGCUGGAUCUUUCCGAACCAGAUUCAAAAGGGACCUGCCAAAUUGUCUUGAGUGUUAAUUAUGACAUGGUUGGCGUACUUAAUUGUUUGAUACCAAAUUGUAUUUCAUAACUGUAUGAAAGAAGUCAUACUUUGUUUCAUUAAGCCUGUAUUUAACACACAUCUCUUUUGUGGCAUUUAUUGUUCACUGCAGUGGCAUAAAAUACCUGAGAGAGAUAAAACAAGACUGAAUUUUCUUCUAAGCUGUAAGUAAUUAUGAAGCUUAAAAGUAUUCUUUAAAUUUUAUUUUGAUGUGUUAAGAGUCUUUUUAGCUUAUGGACUCCAUUGUAGAACUAUAGUAUUUGCAUGUUUCAUUUCUGCUACUAAAACAUUUAAAAUGGCAUUAUAGAAAAUUUUCAGAGAUACAUUAAUAUGUGGGGUCAGGUUGGUUGCUCUGGUAAAAUUAUGCAUGUAAAUAUCUUGAUUUAAAGAGAAAAACCCCAAAAUAUGUUGUUUGAUAAAAUUGUAUGUAAUAUUUUGUGAUAGAUGUUUGUAAUUCUGCCUCAUUGUUAUUUUGUUCAGUAUUUUUUAGUAUAAUUAUAGGAUUAAAGAAAAACCUCAUUCUUCCAUAAAAUGUAUUUAUUCAUUCAUGUAAAUAAACUUGACAGAAAAGCCAUUUUCCUUGAAUACAUUAGAUUGCGCUGCAUGUGUUGUUGAGUAUGAACACAAAGGGCUUUGUAGCCUCCUACUGCACUGAAAUAUCACAUAAUUUCUGUUUCAUUAAUGUAAUGUGAAGUCCUGUAAAAAGAAGGUGGCACAUACACUGAAGAAUUUUCGAUGGACAAUGGAAAAUACAAUGAAAACAAAAAGUUUUUCUGUGCAGUAUGUGUGUAUACUUUUGUGUUACUGACACAACUGAAUUAAUACAAUCCACUUAAGGUUUUGAUAGAUGGCGGCACUAAUAGACACAUUGCCAUUUUUCAAGCACUGUGAUUUAUUAAUGUGAGUGUUGAUGCUUGAGAUGAAAAGUUUGGUUGUACAAUUUCAUGAUUCGCUGCAUUAUGAAGCAUUCUUCUUGGUGGUAAAUGUAAUCUUAGCCUCUUCCAGAAUUCUUGUGAACCUUUUCCAUACAAUUCCAUACCAUGCAAACUUACAUCAUCAGGAGAUACACCCAGUGGUGUGCAUCCUGGCUUCCAGCGUAUUUUCUUUAUUACAUUGAGGACAUGCCUCAGUGUGGUAUCAUUUAUGUUAGUGUUGCUGAGUGUCACAUCCCAGCAAAUAUUCUAAGGCAGAAACAAAACACUGUUAGUAUAAUACAUAA